GGAGAUGGACAUUGGCGAGCGAAGGAAGAAUCGUCGCUCAUUGCGCUGUGCCUACCACCGCUACUGACGCGCGUGACGACCGCUACCGACGCAGCAAAGAUGCCGGCCGAGGAGCUGCGCCACGGCCCCGUCGGCGCCGUCUCCUGGCUCGGCAUCGCCUUCCUCACCGUCAACUCGGCCAUGGCGAUCCACAGGUCCAAGGGCGACCCGGCCGCGGUCGGCUUCGUCGCCUUCUCCUACCUCGACCUCGUACUGCUCUUCUACUGCCACAGGAGGUUCGAGAGCGCCGCGCCCGGCUCGCCGGCGAGACGCAGGCUCAAGGUGGCCGUCUGGGUCCUCACCACCAUGCUCACGGCCGUUCUGAGCUAUAAAGUCGCGGCUAUCAUGCCGCUGCCCGUGCAGAUCCUCGUUUGGGCCAUGGCCGCCGCCGCCGUCGGAGGAGGAUUCUACGCCUUCUUCCUGUUCCGGGAAGGCAAGGAUGGUUAAGGAAGCAUGGCAGAUAUUUUCUGGGAAAGCCCUUAUUUUGGAUCCUACAUGCUCUAAACGUAGCUGGAAAAAGAAAUCAAAGGUACAUAUGUUCUUUCAGGAAAAAUGGGACGUUAUGGACAAGGUUUGGCACACUCUCACUUCCAGGUCAUUAGCUGCCGCCCCAACUAUUGCCGCUGAGCACGCAAAUGUUCGAGUUUUGUCCUUCUAGGACCAUGGGCACUGAACUCAGGAGGGCGUUCUCUCCGUCAAAUUCUUGUCACGCUACAUGAAACCUUACAUCUAAGCUGCUAAAGUGAAUGAUGGGUAUUAUGUGCAUUGUGUAUUGUGUAUUAUGUAUUAUGUAUGGUGUAGGUAGCAAGCAGCUUCCUUUUGUCCCAGGUCAUGUAAUAUCAUCAGCAAAAAUAGAACUUAAGACAACAAGGUCUUACAUUUUUCUUGUUAAA